AUGGAGAAGUACGAACAGGUAAAUCAAAUUGGGAAAGGUGGAUUUGGAACAGCCAUCCUUGUAAAAUCCAAAGAGGAUGGACACCAAUAUGUCAUCAAGAAGAUACAUGGCACAAUUUCAACUGAAAAUAGGCAGAAAUCUCAAAAAGAAGUUGAAGUCCUUUCCAACAUGAGUCAUCCCAACAUUGUCCAGUAUAAGGAAUCUUUUGAAGAGAAGAACUGUCUGUAUAUAGUGAUGGACUACUGUGAAGGUGGAGACCUCUCCAAGAAGAUCAAAUCUCAGAGAGGAGAACUUUUUUCAGAAGAGCAAAUCCGGGACUGGUUUGUGCAGAUUUGUCUGGCACUAAAACACAUCCAUGAUAGAAACAUCAUCCACAGGGACCUAAAACCACAGAACAUAUUUUUGACAAAAGAUGGGACUAUACAGCUUGGGGACUUUGGACUUUCAAAGGUGCUGAACAGCACUGAAGAACUGGCAUCAACAUGCAUAGGAACACCACUUUACCUACCACCAGAGAUCUGGGAGCACAAACCAUACAACAACAAAAGUGAUAUUUGGGCUCUGGGCUGUGUCCUGAAUGAAAUGUGCACUCUUAAGCCUGCAUUUGAGGCUGGCAGUAAAAUGGGCAUAGAACAGAAGAUCAUCCAUGAAUCAUACCCUCCCGUGUCUGAUCACUACUCCCAAGAACUGCGUUCCCUCUUGGCACAGCUGUUGAAUUGUGAUGCCACAAAGAGACCCUCAGUCAACAGCAUACUAGACGAACCUUACCUCUGCUGCAGGAUACAGAAGUUCCUAACAACACAGGUGGAGAUCACAGUUAGUUUGUCUUUGUCACAGGGUCAGUCAGAGACUCUUGCAAUGUCUGACAAAAAAAUACAAAAGAAGAGGCUUGAAGAAGAGAAGAGGCAAUAUGAUAAAGGUAUGUAA